AGCCAGCCCAGCUCUAGCUCCGCACUUCGCUUCUUUCCGCCUCCUUUCCCUUCCACCCACCAUCCUCUAUUCCUCACCAUGGCGGGCGUGUUCAAGAACGUGUUCGGCUCUCAGCCCUCGAGAGCGGCUAACCCAGACGAUGACUUCGCGGACUUCGUCGAGGCCCCGAACCCAUCUCCUGUAUCGCUCGUCGCCGAUACGACCACUAUCCCGGCCUUCAGCACGCAGGGUACCGUCCCAUAUACGAAAUGGUAUCGGAUCUGGGAGCGCACCUCGCCUAGCGACUUCAUGCAGGAGGCGAUGAUCAUGCCUUUCAUCCUGGUGGUCGUCCUCUUCCAUCUCUGGGGCACGCGCAAGAACCGCCGCAAGGCGCGUGACUGGGCCAAGGCCCACAUCCCGGCCUUGCAGAAGGAGUUUGCCGUCGUCGGCUUCGAUGGUAUCUCCCGCUCGGGUCCCGAGGAGGUCACCGUCGAGCUGGCCAGCCCGGAGAAGCUGCUGAAGGAGAAGUCGGCGCACGAGUUCGCCGCCUAUGCGACUGGUCGUCAGAAUGUGGCUUUCCUGGAUAUCGCUCUCACCAUGCCUAAGCGCUACAACCCUAUUACCUAUAUCAUGGAGUACGUCUUCAGCUUCUUCUUUGAGAGCUGGGAGACUCCCGCUGAGAAGUACGAGGCUCUGAUGUACGCUUUCGAUGGCAAGGAGAAGGAUCUGGUCCCCGUUCUCGCCAAGGAUACUUCGUCUGUCAAGGUUCCCAACUCGACCUAUGAUGGCUUCAUCUGGGCCGUUGUGCACAAGAGCCACAUGCGCAAGUUCCGCACUGACCGUUAUGACGCUUCCAUUACUUUCUCCAAGGAUCACCCCAAGCUCCCAUCCUGGGUUACCGUGAUGAGCGAGAGCGCUGAGAUCACUGAUACUCUGCUUACCCCGGAGCUUAUCCAGGCUAUUGAGCAGGCUGGAAAUGACUUUGAGUUCUUGAUUGUGACCGACCAACCCAUUGACAAGCCCACCAAGAUCGACGAGACCGUCCCCAAGAAGCGCAUCCAGCUCUCUGUCAACCUCUCGUCCGGCUACUCCUCGACCCUCCCCCUGUUCAACCAGUUCCUCCGCUUCGCUGAUAAGCUCGUUUCCGUCGCUCACUGGCGUCCUGAGGUGAUGCGCAAGGUCCGCAAUGUCCGUGAUGAGGAGAUCAAGAAGCUGCGCCGCGCCGAUGAGGAGGAGAAGGCCGAGGAGCGCAAGAUCGCCGCCGAGAAGCUGAAGAAGGAGGAGCGCGAGCGUCUGCUCCGUGGUAUGACCGCCGAGGAGCAGCGCAAGUACCUUGAGCGUGAGAGCCAGAAGGGCCAGCGCAAGUCGAUGAAGAAGAGCACCCGUAAGGGUUAAACUUGUUACGACCGAGGGAUUGGGCCCUCUUGACUCGGCUGGAGCGAGAGGAGCUGGGAGAUGUGAUAGAGAUGGAGACGGGGAUCUGGGGAAUCCUUCACCUUCUUUCUUCCCGCUCGUCUGGACAGAAGACGACAAAAGCGAGCGGAAUUGUCUUACUCUGCCUUACCUUUUGAUACCUUUGUGCUCCCCAGGAUGUAUUCAUAUUUGAUACUAUUUGUCGACAGAUCCGGUAGUUGGUUGUCAUGUUUGGCAACGGCGGGUGGAAUCGUUGAUUUUCAAUAAGAUUUUCUUCUAAUUUCAAUUCUUUCUUCCCCAAAUCUUUGAAAUGGACCUUCCUGG